AUGACUCCCUGGGACCCCACCAACAACAAGACCUACCAGAUCCUCAAGGCAUCCGAGGAGGGAGGCUACGGCAUCGUCGCGCCCAUCGCCUACAACAUUGAGCAUAUCCUCGCAUUUGUCCGCGCCGCCGAGGCCAAGCGCAGCCCUCUCAUCAUCCAGGUCUUUCCCUGGGCAAUCACAUUCUCUGAUGGCCUUCUCAUCCACGCUGCCGCUAAGGCUGCUUCUCAGGCCUCCGUGCCCAUCGCCAUUCACUUGGACCAUGCCCAGAACGAGGAGAUGAUCCGCCAGGCUGCUGACACCCUGCCCUUCGACAGCAUCAUGGUCGAUAUGAGCCACUAUGAGAUGGACGAGAACCUGGCUAAGACCAAGACCCUCGUCCAGUACUGCCAUGACCGGGGCAUCGCCACCGAGGCCGAGCCCGGCCGCAUUGAGGGCGGAGAGGACGGUAUUGCCGAUACCGCCGACCUCGAGGGUGCUCUCACCACCGAGGAGCAGGUCGAGGACUUCAUCGCCACUGGCAUUGACUUCCUGGCCCCCGCCUUUGGCAACGUCCACGGCGAGUACGGCAAGCGUGGCCCUGUCCUGGAGUUCGACCGGUUGAACAUGAUUCGGGAGAAGGCCGCUGGGCGGGUGCGCAUCGUCCUCCACGGCACCAACGACUUCCCCGAGGACAUCAUGAAGAAGUGCAUCAACGGCGGCGUGUCCAAGGUCAAUGUCAACAAGCUCGUCCUGGACGACUACCUGGUCCACCUCCAGACCAAGGCGUCCACGUUGAGCCUGACUACGUUGAUGGAGGAGGGCGUGAAGGAGGCGCAGAAGCUCAUGGAGUGGCAGAUGGAUGUGUGCGGAUCUACUGGCAAGGCGGCAUAG